AUGAUAAUAGCAGAGGAUACCCCAGAGUCCCCUACAAAGACAGUCCCUGCCAACCUACCAUUGCAGUACUCGACGCCCCCGCCAGCUUACGGAUCGACCACUUCGAACGUCCCAAUACACGUCGUUCCAGAACAUCCAAGACCUUUAUUCCCACAAGAACCUCCCUGCCGAAGAUCGCCGGCGAAGCGGUUCUGCAAGGCCUUUUGCGUGGCCAUCUUGAUCUGGUUUCUCGUCGCAAUGUUCACGUCGAGCAUCACGAAUGCGGGCGGGUUUUACCACGGGGGAGGAUAUUGGCAAGAUGUCCGAGUCUUUGAUUCUGACUUCCCCAUCCCCGAUGGCUACACCGUUCGUGAAUGCAUUCGAGGACAAAACUGGACAUCCACAGGAUCUGAGGGUGCGGUGCCCACUGGUCAACGUCAUUCCGCACACAAAUUGUUCGACCUGCCUUUGAACUCGGAGACCCUUUUCCUGCUUUCCCAGGGCUCGUUGUCUUCCGGUGUCGUUAAAAUCGUGACCUCUCCGAGUAUCACGGAUGUUGUCAGGAUCGAUGUUACGAUGCAGUAUUACAACAAUCGGGUUUUGGACUAUGCCAAGGUGUGUCUCUUGCAGCGGCAGGCGGGCGAAAAUGGCGUAGGCGUCUUCACUCCUCGGUGGUUCAAUAAUCCCUCUUAUCAAGAUCGUCCGCACUUUGAUAUCACCGUUGUCAUUCCCGAGCCAUCGAGCUCUUCUGCAUCCAACAUCAAGAAUUUCGAGACUGAUGUCCCGAAUUUUGCUCAAAUACUCCAAGAUCUCGAGAACCAUGUUCAUUUUGGCAAGAUCUUUUUGAAGGGUACUAACGCGCCGAUUCAGGUAGAGUCUCUCGACGCUCUUGGCGCUGAAGUGCAUACGUCCAAUGGCCCCAUCAAAGGCUUUUUCGUUGCUUCCGGUAACCUUGUCCUGAAGACAUCGAAUGCGCCUAUGCGUGUUGAUGUAGACUUGGGAGAUAUGGAUGUGACAAGGUCGACGCUGGAGCUUAGCACGAGCAACAACCUCGUUGAAGCCGGCAUCAAGCUGUCCAGUCCAUCUAGCGACGUCUCUGCGCACACCUCGAAUGGGCCUCUUCGAGUCCAGGUCCUCGAGUCUCCAGUAGACUCAACAGUAAUAUUCAACGCUCGGACGUCGAAUGCAUUCGCUGAGGUCGGGCUGCCCCCGACGUAUGAAGGCACGUUUUCUCUGUCGACAUCGCAUAUGCAGCCGUCGUUGCUUGUGGAGGAGACAUCCGACCCGGCAUGGCGGGGCAGGCACAGGACGGUAAAGCAGAACACGGUGAGGAGAGGCGAGACUAUCGGGGAAGUCUAUUGGGAUGAGAGGAACAGGGUUCGUGGGACGGCGACGGUGCGGUCGUCGAAUGGGCCUGUUUCGUUGAAGCUUUGAGUUUACGAUUUCUGAUGAUCUCUGGUUCCUUCCUUGUUGUAC